AUGGCAGGGCCCUCUGCGAACGGGGAUCUUGAGACAGAUUACAUCCUCGGUGACAUCAAGGAGAUGGACAGAUUCGCGGAGCAGACCCAAGAGGCGCUGACCAACCUACAAGGAAUGGAAGCUGUGAAACAGGGCAAGAUUGUCUUAAUAUUUACUCUUAUCACAGUGUGGUUUCUCCCUCUCUCCUUUCUAACGUCACUCUUCGCGCUUGAUGUAGCAUCUUUCCUCACGGCUCCUGCUUGGUCGCUGUACGUCAUCUCCUAUGUUUGGAAGCUGGAGAUUGUCCAAUACUACUCAAAGAUGCAGCGCAACGCCACUAAAGAGUCGCGGCCAAUAAAAGCAGCAAGGGCUAAGUCAAGUGCGCUGUUCUGUCCGCCAUUGCGGGGUCUGAGAAGUCGGGGGAGAGCCGAUGAGGAACACGGAGUUAGCUCGAACAGUGAUUUGGGAAAGUGA